AUGUCGUCCGGACGCUCCGUUCUUCUUAAUACUGGCUACAAAUUCCCAACUCUGGGCUUUGGCACCUGGCAAUGUACCUCAGAUGUCGUUGGCGAUACCGUUUUCGAAGCACUCAAGGUUGGCUACCGGCACCUCGACCUCGCCAAGGCUUACGGAAACCAAGCCGGAGUUGGAGAGGGUAUUAAGAGGGCGCUUGCAGAGAUUCCCGGCCUGAAGCGCGAGGAUAUUUUCGUCACCAGCAAGCUAUGGAAUAACAGCCAUCGGCCCGAGGAUGUCGAGCCUACGCUUGAUGACACUCUCCAAGAACUAGGACUUGAUUACCUUGAUUUGUAUCUCAUUCAUUGGCCGGUUGCUUUUGUCCCCGGCAAGGACCUCCUCCCACAAGAUCCCCGCGCAUGGAUUCUUGAUCAGGAAGUCUCGAUUUGCCAGACUUGGAAAGCUAUGACUGAUUUACCUGAGAGCAAAGUUCGCUCUAUUGGAGUUUCCAAUUUUACAAUCGAGCAUUUGAAGGCGAUUAGCGACGACUCCGGCGUAGUCCCCGCCGUCAACCAGGUCGAACGACAUCCCUUUAAUCCUGAUAUUCCUCUUGUUGACUACUGCCAGAAGAAAGGCAUCGUCAUCACAGCCUUUUCCCCCUUUGGCAGGAACUACGGCACUUUGCCAUUGAUCAUCGAAGAACCAGUGGUCAAGGGGAUUGCGAAGCGUCUCUCAGAAGACCAGGGCAAGCCCAUCUCUCCGGCACAAGUCCUUAUCUCAUGGUCCCAGCUUGAUGGUCACGCCGUCAUUCCCAAAUCUUGUACGCCGGCGCGUAUUCUUGAAAACUUCCAGGAGAUUAAGCUUGAUGAGGAGGCCAUCCAGGAGCUUGCUAAGCUGGGUGAAACUCCACAUCGGCGCUGUCUUCCCGGACCUGUAUGGAACAUUAAUAUUUUCGGAGACGAGAGUGAAAAGAAUGCCACCAAUCAGGUUGUUAUAAAGUUAUGA